AACACGACAUAAAUGUAUCGCGCAAACAUCAUUAAUUUAAUGCAGUUGUUGGUGCGCUAAGGGGAAAAAAUACAUCCAAAUCACGUAAUAUUUACGUUUGCUUAUUUAUAGCUAGUAACUUAUAACCUGAACUCGUGAUUAAGUUUGUUUGCUUCCUUGAAUGACCUUUAGUACACUUUACAACUCUGACAACGUCUCAGUCAAGGAUAAAGGUGGGCUUUGUUUGUUAACACAGUCCUGAGCGCAAACAUGGGAGUCAGUAUUCUUCUCUGGGGAAUUCUUUUUUUUGCAUCUAAAAUAGCUUGUCAAACAUGCAGGGGAAAGUGUGGAGCUGUAUUGGAAGAAUGCUCCUGCCAAACUACCUGUUUGUCUUUAUUGAAUUGCUGUGCAGACUACAACCAGUCCUGUUUCCAGGUGUCUCCUUACUCCAGUUCUAUGCUGGGAGGAAGAGCUCUAAAGAUUCUCAGUUUGGACCUUCAUCCUGAUGAGCACCUUGUCUGCAGGUUCAAAGGUAAAAUUAAACGAGAGGGGUUCAUUGAUGAAGCAGGCCAUGCAUACUGUGUCUCACCUCUGUUGUUUGAGACGGGUUGGAUACCAUUUGAAGUCUCAACAGAUGGAAUCAAUUUUGACCGAUCUGGAGAGUAUCUGUCAGUCCAUCCCAGCAAAGCAGACCCUGCUUUUGAAGUCACCUUGGUGAAUGCAACACAGUGGCAGAACUAUGGCGCGCCAAACAUGGCAGGACCGCUUAAGAUGACUUGGAACAGCUCUGCAGUUGAAGCAGAAGAGGUCAACAUAGAGCUGUGGGGUUACAGUGAAGUCAACAGGAGCACAGCAGCAGGGACAUCAUCACUGCAGGCAGAGUUGAGCUAUCUGUACUCUCAUAGCAGGAAUCUGUCCAACACAGGUGUCUUCAGCUUUACCCCUGAACCCAAAGAGGACUUCUCUGCCUGGGAGUUGGGGAAUAUCCGCAUCACUGCUAGUUCCAAAGCAGAGGGAGAAAGGGAUGUACAAGGACUCUGGAGUGGAGGUCAUGUAUUGGCGUGGCACCUGGAGCAGGCUUUUAGAGACAACUCUUCGGCCUGGGCACAGAACAAGUGUCUGCAGUGGGACGCCAAGGAGAAGAAACUGCCCAAUUUCCUGAAUGAGCUCAUUGACUGUCCUUGUACACUGGCCCAGGCCAGAGCAGAUACAGGCAGAUUUCAUACUGAUUACAGCUGUGACAUCGAGAGAGGCAGUGUAUGUACUUAUCACCCUGGUAGUGUCCACUGUGUCAGGGGAAUUCAGGCCAGUCCCAAUCAUGGAUCAGGGCAGCAGUGCUGCUAUGACAGUGCUGGUGCUCUGGUGUUGACAGGAGACUCAGCCGGUGGCAGCACCCCAGACAGGGCUCACGACUGGGGCUCACCUCCAUACCAGGAGCCCCCUCGGGUGCCUGGGUAUUCCCAUUGGCUUUACGAUGUUAUGAGUUUCCACUACUGUUGCCUGUGGUCUGACCACUGCCACAUCUACUUCAAACAUCGACCUUCAAGUCUAUGUCGCAACUACCAGCCUCCACAAGCAGGUGUUGUCUUUGGAAAUCUGCAUUUUGUAACAUUUGAUGGCCUCAACUACACUUUCAAUGGCAAAGGAGAGUAUUUUCUUGUGUCUUCACCAGACAGAGAGCUGAGUGUUCAGGCUCGAACAGAACAAGUGAAACUUAAUAAUGGUACCUUGGUUAAUGCCACACGGCUGUCAUCACUGGCUAUGAAGGAGAAAUCCUCUGAUGUCGUUGAGGUACGCCUUAUAGAUGAACAUCUUCAGGUGCUGCGGAACCAAAAGAUUCUGCCUUUAUUUGAGCAAAGAUGGAUGGAUUUACAAGGUGUGUUUGUGUUCGCCCCUUGCCCUCAGAAUGUGACGGCGAUGUUUUCCUCUGGUGUUGGUUUGGAGGUUCGAAUGCAUGAAGGAACCAUGGUAGCCACUGUUUUGCUUCCAGCAGAGUUUUUUAACCACACCCAGGGUCUUCUUGGUCUGAUGAACUCUGACCCAUCAGAUGACUUUAUGACCCGUCUCGGAGAGGCCAUCUCAGCUGAUGCAACAUCAGAGGAAAUCUUUGCCUUUGGAGCUGGAUGGAACAUUUCAAAAGCAUCUUCACUUUUUACCUACGACACAAAGUACCUUGUGGAUUCCUACUAUUUCCCUACAAGCCACGAUGCUGCUUUUGUUCCUGCCUAUUCUUUACCAGAGAGACAUGAUGACUCUUUGUUAGCAGACAUGUUGUUGAUGUGCACGGGAGAAGGGGCACAGUUCUGUAAAUAUGACACUCUGAUCACUGGGAGUCUUGCAGCAGGAAACUCCACACUCAGGGCCUACCAAAGUUUUCAGACUCUAAUAGAAGCUCUGCAGCCAGUGGUGUCAUGUGGUUGGCUUCCCCCUCCCAGGAAUGGGAAGAAGAAUGGGACUCAUUACCUGCAUGGGGACACCCUGAGCUUCACCUGCAAUGAAGGCUACAUCCUGUACAGUUCAACAGAGCGGACCUGUAUGGAGGACGGGACGUGGACAGGACAGCAGCCUUACUGUAUGAUAGAGGAUAUCGUUGGGUUUGUUCUUGGUGCUGUUGGGUCCGUUUCGGCAUUGGUGACAAUGGGAAUAAUGAUCACACUACACAACAGGAAACAAAGCAGAUACCCUGUGGGAUCAUUCUCAAAACUCCAUACCACAGAAACAAAAGGCUAAUGGAAGUGCUAGCUCCUGGAAAGAUAAAAGCCGAACCACUCGAGAUGGUGACCCAAACUCAGACUUGCUAAACACUCAAAGCCGUCUUGGAUUGUGGAGCAUCUGUGUGAACUGGCUUUGUCAACAAACUUUGCUUUGAGAUGAGCUUUUGGAAAUCAUUUGCAGUCGUGCUGCCCAUUUGGAUGACCUUCCUCUCUUGACCUGCUGACCUUACCAGGAAAACCUCAGGCAUCAGAUGUGUUGUUUGGCUCUUGUUUAGUCUGGAAAAUCUCCAUGUUGCUGCAAAUGGAGCACAGGGGGGGGGGCUACAGAUGAGGGAACUAAAGUAGAAGAUAAAAUUCAAUGAUUGUUUUUAUAUCCUUGUUUUGCAUGACUGAGUGUCCGAUCUUCACUAGGAAGAGAAUUGUAUAAAUACUACACCAAAGAUGAUAUCAUUACAAUCAACACUCCUUUGUUUCCUUGCAGUUUAAAAUGGGACCAGAUGUGUUAAUGCUCGUGUCAAAUGUGAAGUGAACGUGAUCAUUUUUUGGGUUGAAAAUCUUCGAACUUGUACACAGCGUUUGUGUGGGCUCGUAGCCUUCAGUCAAACGAGAGGUUUUGCUGAGUGAUUGAGCCAAAUUAAUCUUAAAUGUUGCAUAAAGGUCAACUCUUUGCACCAUAUCAUCUCUCGGCUUUCUUUGUACGGUUUCAUAAUUGGAUUAGAAAGUAAUGACUGAAUGAAAGCAUCUAUAAAUGUUUUUAAAAACAAGUGAGGAAAUCAGUAAUGUGUUAUAUGUUAGUGGUGUUUGUGCACACUACUCUUUAGAGCUCAUGAAUCAUCCUGAUAAAACCCUGCAGGCAUGCACAGUCUGGCACAGCACCAUGCCCCAUCGGACAGACCACCAUAUCAUGUUACCCCCUGGUCCUCUCCUCUGCUUUGAACCUGACUCGCUUUGCCUUCUCCAAAACUACGCCCUUAGGGGUCUAAAAGGAAACAGAGUGACAAGGUCCCUUGUGGCUGAUCUCUUAGAGUGAUAGGUGGGGGACCAGCUAGGGAGGAAAAGUACUUUAUGUUGAAAACUAACUGAAAUAACCUGGCUUGUUGCAAAUAGAGGGCUUUGAAGAUCUUGCUCUAUGUGAGCGCUUCAAUGCUAUAUUUAUUAGAAUCAUCCUGCAGACACCAACUAUUACUGUGCUGUCAUGCUUCAAAAACCCUGUUGUUCUUUUUUUUCUCCCACAUAAAACAACAUUAAUGUUUCUCUGGAGCAUAUAUAGGUAUAUUUGUACUGUUACCAUGGAAUAAAACAGACCCCAAAAGCACCACAGAGAAUUAGUAAACCCCCUCCCGUAUAUUGUUGUCUGAAGUCUGUAUUAGCUCAGAUUUGACUCAUUCGCAGUCUAAUCUCCUAACUGGGUGCAAAUUUCCCCGCUUUCAUGUGUCAGUCAAUGCUUACAAGAGAGGCAAUGGAGCAAGCUGCUGCGUCUGUUUGCAGAGUCAGAUGCUGAUUAAUUGCAUUUGGAUGAAAGUAGAAGGUUUUUCAUCUCGAUGGGGGCCUGCUCUAACCCCGAAUGUUUACACUCACUUAACUUCUCAACAACCCGGCGUAAUUAGUUCAAUCAUAUUCAAACACAAGUAAAUGCUAAUGCGCUCUGUGGAAGCUUGUUGCUUUCACGUGGGACUUUUCCCAAUUCUCAGAUCUGCUCUGCAUCCCUGGAUUAUGAAGAAAGGCUUCAGAAGUGGCUUUUGGCUGAGGCUUUUGUUUUUUGAUAUGCCUUUAUGUUUGAUGUCAACUCCAGCUUUGCAGGUGUGCUUUGUCCCUUACUGCCUGAUGCCUCAUGGUUAAGCAGCACCUUCUGAUGUUAACUCCUAAUUUUAAGGCGUAGGUUGAAAUAGAUUGAGUUUGAGAUUAAGGUGUUUGCCCAAACACAAGGUUUUGUCAUUGACAGUGUAACACUUAAUUUUGGGAGUAAAGUAAGUUAAGCCUAAAGUGGAAAAAAAAAUGUUUCCACUGACAAAACUCAAAGAAGCUGUAGAUGUUUUCCCAUUGCAACACACCUGAUUCAAAUUAAAUGCUUCUUCAACUG